UAUACCUUUUUCAACACUCCUACGAAUCACUUGGACCGCUUCAGCUCCCACAUUUGAUUCUUUUCUUUCUUCUGUCAUUCGAUUCACUUUUUCACAACUCUCCGGUUUGCUGAUUCUUAAUGUCGCUCACUGGCUGUGUAUAAUGUUUUUUUCUUAUUCUUUAUUUUCUAUUACCGCUCCAAGAAAAGAGCCUUGUCUUCUUUUCUGCGGGCCUUGAGACGAGCGGCAUAUGCCAUGCUCACUCAAAACACGAACAAUUAUCGACUGGUCCAAACUAUACCCUCUACUACAGAAUCAGCAUUCAAAAAUUCAAUCCAUCAUCAUUUCAAACAAAACCUUGCGAUCUAUUGGUCUCCUGAUCCCUUUUUUUUUUUUUGCCAUGCAUAUCUCUGAUUUCUUAGGUGAUUUUCAAUCCCUUUCUUAUCAUUGUUUCAGUCUCACCCCCUUUCUUGGUUUCAUACCGUUUGGAAAAGGUUUGCAUGCCUUUGGUUUCAUGUUGCUUCGCUUUUCUGAAUCACCAUCUCGGUCACACGACUUGAUUGUAAAUAUCAAGUUACCCCUUCCUUCAUUCUAUAGGAUGGUACUACCGAUUCUCGGUUCUUGUAGGUCGCGUCUUCUUUCUUUCUUGCUUCAUUCAUCUUUAUGACUUUGCCCAAAUAUCAUGGAGAGUCAGGCUUCUAACAUUAUCUGUGGUUUAGUAUUUCACUUGGGACUAGUCAGUCAAUGAACUGUAUCGUCAAGCCAGGCAGACAGAGCAGGCACGGACAAGGACAAGAUGAAGAGAGGCAGCGAGGAAUAGUAUAGGAAAUUGUACAACAAGG